AUGAAUUCCCUAAUUUGGAAUGUCCAAGGGCUUGGAAACCCUUGGACUGUCUCGGCUCUUGCCACAAAUGUCAAAGAUUUUGAUACGGGAUUGGUUUUUCUGUCAGAGACUCGUUCUAGAAGUGCUUACAUGGAAACGGUUCGUGCUCGCUUGGGUUUUGAGGGCUGUUUUUGUGUUGAUGCAAAAGGCAAAAGUGGGGGGUUAGCCCUCCUUUGGAAGGCUCCUUAUUCGGUUCAGAUAGUGUCUUUUAACGAUUUCCAUAUUGAUGCUUGGAUCAAUAUGGAAGAUGACUUUAACUGGCGGUUUACGGGAUUUUACGGGGAUCCCGAUCCAUCACAGCGAAAACACUCGUGGACAUUAAUGCAACGCAUAGAAAGAAGAUUCAAGGGGCCUUGGUUAUGUGGUGGGGACUUCAAUGAAAUUAGAAACAUGAUUGAGAAACAAGGAGGGGGUGAGAAACCUGGUUAUUUAAUGAAAAACUUCAAUAAUGCUAUAAACAUGUGUGCUUUAAGGGAAUUAGAUUUUGAAGGCAGCAACUAUACUUGGUGUAACGGAAGGCAGAAUAACAUGGUUUUUGAGAGGCUUGACCGUGUACUAGCUAAUAAUCAAUGGUGGAAUCAUUAUGUAGUUGCAAAAGUUAAACACUUAAGCCGUUGGUGUUCUGAUCAUUGUCCUCUUGUGGUGACUUUCAAAGCUAUUCCGACAGACAACAAUCAGAAAAAACAAAGAAGAGAGAGCCAAUCUCGGAUUAAAGAGUUAAAAAAAGAAGUAGAAACUUUGUCUUGGGAUCACACAGACCAAGGAUUUAUUAGCCUAAAAGAAAGGGAGAAAGAACUGAAUGGAUACCUUGCAAAAGAUGAACUGUUUUGGAAACAACGUAGUCGGGAGAUUUGGCUUGCUCAUGGAGACAGGAACACAAUAUUCUUUCACCAAAAGGCGUCUUCUCGUAGGAAGAAAAAUCAGAUUAAUGGUCUUUUUGAUCAAAAUCUGAAUUGGAGGAGUUCUAAAGAAGAGAUAGAACAGAUCAUUUGUGAGCAUUUUCAAGACCUCUUUUCAGCCCAAGACCCCAAGUGCGACUUAAUGGCUCACCUCCAAAGAUUUGUUCCCUCACGGCUUAGUAGAAGACAAAAUGAAAGCCUUCUUACUGAAUUCACAGCAGCUGAUAUUCUUCAAGCAAUGAAGCAAAUCAACCCGUUGAAGGCUCCGGGAGUAUAUGGGAUGCCCCGGUUAUUCUAUGAGCAUCAUUGGACGGUCAUAGGGUCAGACAUAACCAGAAUUUGUUUGGAUAUACUUAAUAAUCAUGCGGAUUGCCGAGCGAUCAACAAAACCCUCCUUUGCCUCAUUCCUAAAAUCAAAAAUCCUCACCAAGUGACAGACUACCGUCCCAUAAGUCUUUGCAACGUCAGCUACAAAAUAGUUACGAAAUGUAUAGCCAAUCGAAUGAAAGAUAGUUUGAAGGAAGUAAUCUCGGAGAACCAAAGCGCUUUCAUUAGAGGCCGGCUCAUACAAGAUAAUGCCAUCCUGGGGUUUGAAAGCCUACAUUGUAUGAAGAAAGGUCGUUUUGGAAAUGGGAAAAAGAUGGCUCUUAAACUAGACAUGUCCAAAGCUUACGAUAGAGUCGGUUGGAGAUUCUUAGAAGCAAUGAUGCUUUGUUUGGGUUAUGACAAGCGAUGGGUGGAUAAAUUCAUGAACUGUAUAACUACGGUCUCCUUCUCGGUCCUUGUGAAUGGAGAAAUUAGUGGACUCAUUCAACCCCAACGUGGCCUUCGUCAAGGCGAUCCCCUCUCUCCCUAUAUGUUUCUCCUAUGCUCGGAAGGUUUCUCUUGCCUCAUACAAGAGGCUGAAAGAGCGGAUAAAAUACACGGUAUUAAGUUUGGAAGAGAAGGUCUUAAGCUAUCUCACCUAUUCUUCGCCGAUGACAGUUUUGUGUUCCUUGAUGCUAACCCAACCGAACGUAGAAGUAUGAAAGCCAUAUUACAAGAGUACUCCUCCCUUUCUGGACAACAAAUCAACCUUCAAAAAUCAGAAUUGUGCGUUGGAAGAAAGAUCAAUCAAACCGAUGGAACUAUGCUCGCGGCUGCCCUAGGGGUUAAAUUGGUGGAAUGCCACACCAAAUACCUCGGCUUUCCAGCAACUGUAGGAAGAAGGAAAAAAGAAGUGUUUGAGUCCAUUCGGUCCAAGAUCCGGGAUAAACUCCAAGGUUGGAAAGGUAGCUUAUUUUCCCAAGCGGGAAGGGAAGUUCUUCUCAAAGCAGUAAUUCAAGCAAUUCCAACUUAUGUCAUGAGUUGCUUCCGCCUUCCAAAGGAACUCAUCAAGGACAUCCAUGCAAUGAUGGCUAGAUUUUGGUGGGGAUCUUCGGAGUCAAAAAACAAAAUUCAUUGGGGAAGAUGGGAAAAGCUUUGCAAGCCAAAGGAUAAAUGUGGAAUGGGGUUCAAAGACCUAGAGAAGUUCAAUCAAUCUUUAUUAGCUAAGCAAGGGUGGAAGAUCAUCAAUAAUCCUAGUUCGUUGCUGGCUCGGGUUCUUAAGGCUUGCUAUUUCACCAACUCUACUUUCAUGGAAGCUAAACUUGGAGGAUUUUGCUCAUUCAUGUGGAGAAGCAUUUUAUGGGGAAGGAAAAUAGUUGAAAGGGGAGUUAGAUGGAGGGUCCAAUUGGGUAGAGAAGUGCGCAUCAACGAAGACAAAUGGCUGCCCCGCCCAUCCACCUUCACUCUUCGCACCCCUACAAAAGUUAACAAUGGGACAACUAUGGAUCACUUAAAGGAUGAAAAAGGAGAGUGGAAUCAAGACAUGAUAACUCAAACUUUUCACCCGGAUGAUGUUCCAAUUGUGCUAGGUAUGGCUCCUUGUUAUAAUAAUGCUAUUGAUGAUUUAGUUUGGGACUACACACCGAAUGGUAUGUAUACGGUGAGUAGUGGCUAUAAAGUGGCCACCACCAACGAGUUAAAUGCAGGGCCUUCAUCGGAGGAGCAUACAAAGAAAUGGUGGACUGAAAUUUGGAAGUUGGAAGUCCCUCCUAAGGUUCGAAAUUUUGCUUGGCGUCUCUAUAAUGGUUGGAUUCCGGUAAACAUGGUGCUUAGGAACCGGGGUAUGAAGAUAGAUCCUUGGUGUUGUGGCUGUGGAAAUGAGGAAGAAACCAUAGAACAUGGGAUUUGGUUCUGUCCAGCAAUAAAGGAAAUUUGGCAACAUUUUUUGUUAUGGAAGACAAUUAACAGAUGGAAAGGAGAAACAAAACACAUGCUCAUGGCUAUUAAACAACAAACAACUAAAGCAGAUUUUUUGAUGUUCAUUCUUCUCUCUUGGCUCAUUUGGAAUAGGAGGAACAAAAAAAGACUCAAACUUCAUUCUCUUCCUAACAAUUUAUGGUGCAGGUGGGCUCAAUUAGAGAUGGAUGUCAUGAUGCACAACCACUCCAAUUCGACUCAGCCAUUGAAGCCGAUGACAACACCUGCUGGGGGGUGGGAUCCUCCUCACCCCGGGACGUUGUGCAUCAAUACAGAUGCAAGUGUUCUCUGUAAAGAAUGGAAAAUAGGGCUGGGAGCAGUGAUCAGGAACCACGAAGGGGCGGUGGUAGCUGUUGAAAUUAAACAGCAAAGAGGGUGUUACUCGGUUGAGUUGGCGGAAGUAUUGGCUAUUCGGUUGGGCAUUCAGCUGGCAAAUAAAGUGAAGCCCUACCCGUUCAUCUUACAAACCGACUGUCUUCAGGCAGCCAUCUAUCUGAACGGAGAUUCUCAUGCCAAAACUGAUUGGAGCGCUCUGCUCGACGACAUAAGAGAGUCCCCAGAAUUUUCAAUGUGUAAGGCGGUCAAGCAUAUAGUAAGGAAGAACAAUAAGGCUGCUCACUUGUUAGCCAAAGAGGCUUUGCUUACAAAUUGUAAUAACUUGUGGUUGGGAGAAUAUCCCUUUUAUGCGUCUGCCGAUUUAAUGGCGGAUUUUCCUAACUUGAUGUAA